CUUGAAGUCGUCUUGACUCCAUCAUUCCCGCAAUGUCCAGGUUACUUCGGGCAGCAAUCGUUAAGGUCUUCUCGACCAAGUAUUCUCUUACACUCCCCGCACCGGCCCUCGAAUAUAUCGAGAAUGUGUUGUUAGAGAACGAGAUCCCGGAGGAUGAGUGGGCUCUAGGAUUAGAGUACUGGGCGCGCGAGUACCUCAAGGGCGAAGAUGCGCCAUCACUUGUCUCCAUUGACGGUCUGAAACGCGCAUAUGAGAUUCUGCAGCUAGGAGGCACAGAUGACACCGAUGCCAUCGACCCGUCCGAGAUCAAUGUCGAGGCACACUUUUCUGCCGUGGACAGCUUCGACAUGCCUGCACAGCACUUCGACAUCGUCCGCAGCGGAUUCACCUUACCUAAGCACAAACCAAAACUAGGGGGACAGGCGAUGAAUCGCUCGGCAUACAUGCGGGAACGAUGGGGCAUCAUUAGAGAAAUUAUUCAACGAAACGAGAACUUCACGCCACCAGCGAUUGGCGGUCAUGACCGCUCAAAAUACUUAAAGCUCACUUCGACACAAAACCUUCUUGGGAGAGCCGGGCAGCUCUUUCUCCUAUUUGGAAUGCUCAGCCGCGACCCCGAGGGUCGUUUGACGCUUGAGGACGGCGACGGGCGCGUCGUUCUGGACAUGAUGGAUGCUGUCCCUGGCGAAGGUCUAUUUACGGAAGGCUGCAUGGUCCUCGUCGAGGGCGAAUAUACAAUUGAGAACAACAUACGCGUUCUGGCGAUGGGACACCCACCAGCAGAGAAGCGAGAGGUUGCUCGAGGGUUACACGGGCACGUCGACUUUCUCGGGGGCGGCGCGAUGAGCCAGAAGGACGAGGAGAAAUACAUUCCGACGGUACUGGCGAACGAGCAUGUGUCUUUCGCCUUCUUUUCGGAUGUCUGGCUGGACCACCCGCGCACCCUUGUGGCCUUGCGUCAAGUGUUGCAAGGGUACGCUGACGCGUCUGAAUUCCGACCGAUGGUGUUCGUCUUCUGUGGUAACUUUACACAGCGUGGGUGGGAGGGAGAGGGCGGCAUGAAGCGGUACACUUUGGGCUUCAACGCGCUCACUGACCUCAUUCUCUCCUUCCCCCUCCUUCAUCAGUCGCACUUCAUCUUCGUCCCCGGGCCCCUCGAUCCAUGGUCCUCAUCCACGCUGCCCCGCCCCGCUUUACCAUCAACAAUCACCGGCCGGCUACUACAGCGUGUGCCCAAGGCACGCUUUGUGUCCAACCCCGCCCGUCUGCGUUACUUCGGCCAAGAGAUUGUCAUCUACCGCGAGGAUCUGAUGGGACGGAUGCUCCGUAACCUCGUUGCCGUGAAGGACGAAAAGGAGGGCGACAUGAAGCGCUACUUGGUCCAAACAAUUUUGGAUCAGGCGCACCUUUCGCCGCUGCCGCAAAAUAUUCGACCCACGCUCUGGGAGUUUGACCACGCCAUGCGGUUGUAUCCCAUGCCUACGGCGGUCGUGCUCGCGGAUAAGUAUGAGCGAUACGAGCUCACCUACGAAGGGUGUCAUGUGCUCAACCCUGGACGGUUCGUGUGUGCGGGCAGCGGAGGCGAGUUUGAGUGGUCAGUGUACUACCCCCACCUGAAGAGGAGUGAGCGGAGCGCUUUGAGUCUGGAUUAGUAGUGUUGCAUGUAUCAUAACGGCUUGGUGACCGUCGACAACAGACUCACGCGAUCUUCCGUUGGCUCGCACAACCGCUUCGACCAGAGCUGAGGCCGCUGCCUAUGGUAUUGUGUGCAUGGAAUCAUAUGCUACGACACG